AUGGUGAAAAGUACAAAACUGUACAAUAUACUUAAUGUAUCUCCAACGGCUACUGCGGCAGAAAUAAAAAAGUCGUAUAGGGCAGCAGCCUUGAAGCAUCACCCAGACAAGAACAGACACAGUGAGUCAUCGAAGCUGCUCUUUCAACAGAUCAGUGAGGCGUAUGGUAUUUUGGGCGAUGAAAAAUUACGGAAGUUGUACGACCGGUAUGGUACGGUCGACGAAAAUGAGAUUGCGGCCUUGGAAGCGCAGGAGCGCCGGCAGCAGGAGCGUCGCCAGGGUGGUGGCCUUUCAGGUUUCUCUGCCGGAGUUUCAGAAGGACUAUCCGCGGGGGAAUUAUUCGCGCGUUUCUUUGGCGGUGGUAGUACCACCGGGAGAGACUUCUCAUUAUUUGGUUCGCGUCAAAACUCUCAUUCAUCAGGUCACUCACGUCGCACGCGCGAGGAACGUGUGCCCCAAGGGCCUAAUAUCAAGCACAAAAUGGCGUGCACAUUAGAGGAGUUAUAUCACGGAAAGGUUGCGAAGUUAGCUUUAACUAGAACCAAGCUAUGCAAAAAAUGUUCUGGGCAAGGGGGGCACCAUAGAUCAAUGUGCAAAGCAUGUGCAGGUCACGGUGUUACAACUCAUUCGAAACGCAGCGGUCCAGUUGUUCAAACAUGGUCUUCGACUUGUAAAAGCUGCGGUGGUGCAGGACAUUUCAUUAAAUAUAACAACGUCUGUCAACCUUGUCAAGGAAGCGGUUGUCUAAAAGAGCGUAAAAUAUUCGAGGUCGAAGCUAAGCCUGGAAUGAUGCAUGGGAGCGAAAUAUUAUUCCCUGGACAGGCGGACGAGGUAAUAGAAACUGAGUACGGGAAACAGAAGGUUAUACCAGGUGACCUAAUAAUAAUAAUUCAGGAAGUCGUCCCAGAAAAUUCCCGGUACCAGAGACAUGGGCGGUCCGAUUUGCUUCUUUCCGAUUUCCCAAUAUCUCUAAAGAAUAGCAUCUGUGGAGGAAGUGUGUAUAUCGAGGAUCACCCAAGCGGCCGCCCCAUAAAAAUUGUAAUAUUGCCAGGCGAGCUAUUAAAGCCUUCGGCCGUUAAGUGCAUUGAGAAUCUAGGUAUGCCAGACGUACACAAUCCAUCGCAGCACGGCAAGCUUUAUGUAAAGUUUACUAUUGAAUUCCCACCAAAGCUAGCACCCGAAACCAUCACGUUACUAUCCAAGGCCCUCGACGAAGAUCCAUUUUUGAAAGAGCAUGCAACCAAUGAGCCUAAUGAUGGGAUUUUCGAGGAACACGUUCUCAGCGACUUCGUUGACGAGCUUCCUAUUAUUAAAACCACAUAUCACGGCGACGGAGAUUGGACCCCUACUAAGAAAAGAAAGGUCCAGACGAGUAGCGGCGAUGAAUUUCGGGAAGAAUAUCAAGAAUGUGAAGACCUGGAGGAACAAGAAGAAGUAGGGGAAGAAGAAGAAGACGAAGAAGAAGAAGAAGAAGAAGAAGAAGAAGAAGAAGAAGAGAGGGAGGAGGAGGAAGAAGAAGAAGAGGAAGAAGAAGAAAGCCACGAAGACGCAGACGUUGGAUUCGCGGCCGCUAGCCAUAAAGACGGCGCUGGAGAAAAAGACCCCAUGAGUGGAGAUGGAGAUGGUUACCGUAAUUUCCAGCACAACUACUAUUCUCGUGCUGCUGCAGCAAAUUAA